CUGGACUCUGUUUAUGCAAGAAUUUGCAAAGAAGACAAUUUGUUGUUUUUCCAGAAGAUGAGGAAUAACAGUAAUGGACAUUUAUUUAUCAGCUUUGGGCAGUACAAGUUAUAGUUUAACCUUUGGGCUGAAGCAUCUUGGAUAAAAGGCCAAGCAGUGACAGAAGCGAACGCACUGUGAAGAGAAGGAUUUUGAUUUUCAGGAUGCCUGGAAAGUGGAUUUCUGUUCUGCUGCUGCUGCAGAUCAGUUGCUGCUUCAGAUCUGUGAAAUGUGGGAAAGUGUUGGUGUGGCCGAUGGAAUUCAGUCAUUGGAUGAACAUAAAAAUAAUACUGGAUGAACUGGUACAGAGGGGCCAUGAAGUCACUGUUCUGAGACCUUCGGCUUACUAUUUUCUUGAUCCCAAAAAAUCACCUGGCUUUAAGUUUGAAAUUUUUCCUACAUCUGUCAGUAAAGAUAAUCUGGAAAAUUUUUUCAUAAAGCUUGUGGAUGUGUGGACUUAUGAGUUGCCAAGAGAUACCUGUUUCUCAUAUUCUCCUUUAAUGCCAUAUAUGUUUGAUGAAUUAUCUGGUUAUUAUCUAAGUCUUUGUAAAGAUGUUGUUUCAAACAGACAGCUCAUGACAAAGCUACAGGAAUCCAAGUUUGAUGUCCUUUUGUCAGAUCCUGUGGCUUUCGGUGGGGAACUGAUAGCUGAACUUCUCCAGAUACCUUUUCUGUACAGUCUUCGCUUUUCUGCAGGCUACAAAUUUGAAAAGUCCAGUGGGAGAUUUCUACUCCCUCCCUCCUAUGUACCUGUAAUUCUGUCAGGAUUAGGUGGCCAAAUGACAUUCAUAGAGAGGGUAAAAAAUAUGAUAUGCAUGCUUUAUUUCGACUUUUGGUUCCAGAUGCAGUCCUGUCAAGUUUUCUCUGUCUCAUUUGCUCAUCUUCUCCAUCUAGGAAGGCCCACCACCUUAGCUGAGACAAUGGGCAAAGCUGAAAUGUGGCUCAUUAGAUCCUAUUGGGAUUUGGAGUUUCCUCACCCAUCCUUACCAAAUAUUGACUAUGUUGGAGGACUCCACUGCAAACCUGCUAAACCCUUGCCUAAGGAUAUGGAAGAAUUUGUCCAGAGCUCUGGAGACCAUGGUGUGGUGGUGUUUUCUCUUGGGUCAAUGGUUAGUAACAUGACAGAAGACAAAGCCAACACAAUUGCAUGGGCCCUUGCCCAGAUUCCACAAAAGGUUCUUUGGAAAUUUGAUGGCAAAACCCCAGCCACUUUAGGACCCAAUACCAGAGUGUACAAGUGGCUCCCCCAGAAUGACCUCCUUGGUCAUCCAAAAACCAAAGCCUUUAUAACUCACGGUGGAGCCAACGGUAUCUAUGAGGCAAUCUAUCAUGGAAUUCCUAUGAUUGGCAUUCCUUUGUUUGGAGAACAACAUGAUAACAUUGCCCAAAUGGUGGCUAAAGGAGCAGCUGUUACAUUGAAUAUCAGAACAAUGUCAAGGUCAGAUGUGCUCAAUGCACUGGAGGAAGUCAUAGACAACCCUUUGUGA